AAAUACUCCGUCACUUGAACGCCACGCGAUCUGUUUGAGUGCACGGCUGUGCAGCGUACUUGUUUGUUUCGGUUGUGCAUCGUGGAAAGCAUCUGGGUACAAGGAGGCAACUGGCACAAAACAAUUAGUCAGUUACAGACCUAAAGGAACCCUACCCAGUGAUGUUUUCUAAAGAACAUCAGUGCAAUGCUGCUUCUCAGACGCUGCCACAGCCUGAGUCGACUUGGCCCUCUCAACACUAAAUGGCAUCAAGUGGCACCUGCCGUGGCAUCGUGUGCCGUUCGUGUCUGGAGCAGCAGCAGCAGCAGCAGCGGUGAGGACCGGAGAUCAUAUUGGCAUGCCCACGGUCCCAGAUGGAGACAUGCUUUGGCAGGACUGCUGGCUGGGACAGGGGCUGUACUGGCUUAUGGCCUCCAUCAACACAAGGCUGAACGGGCAGAUACCUUUGGAGUGCAGACCAUAGAAAAGACCCCAUCUCUUCCCAUCUUCACCCAGGAAGAGGUCGCCAGUCACCGCUCUCUGGAGGACGGCGUGUGGGUCACUUACAAAGGUGAAGUCUUUGACAUCACAGAGUUUGUGGCCAUGCAUCCCGGUGGAGAUAAAAUCUUGCUGGCGGCAGGUGGAGACCUUGAACCCUUUUGGGCGCUGUAUGCUGUCCACAACCAGAAACACGUUGUGGAAAUCCUCUCAGAAUAUAAGGUUGGCGAGCUGAGUGCACAAGACCGGGAGAAGCAGCAGACUGUAAAAUCAUCUGACCCCUACUCAUCAGACCCCAAGCGUCACCCUGUCCUGCGCGUCAACAGUCUCAAGCCUUUCAAUGCUGAGCCGCCUCCUGAACUCCUCACUGACACCUACAUCACCCCGUCUGCUAUCUUUUUCAAAAGAAACCACCUGCCAGUUCCUCAGGUGGACCCGGCUUCUUAUCAACUCCAUGUGGAGGGACUUCCUGGAGGAGUGCUUACACUGUCUUUAGAAGAGCUGAAGGCUCGAUUCCCCAAACACACCAUCACCGCCACCCUGCAGUGUGCCGGUAACCGCCGCUCUGAGAUGAAUGAGGUCAAGCAGGUUAAAGGACUGAACUGGGGCAUCGCUGCCAUCAGUAACGCUACAUGGAGCGGUGCAAGGCUCAGGGAUGUGCUGCUGGCUGCUGGUUAUGGGCCAGAUGUGACCAAGUGGGCUCGCCAUGUUCAGUUUGAAGGACUGGACAAAGACGUGACUGGGACUACCUACGGAUCCUCCAUACCUUUGAACAAGGCCGUUAGCGAGGAAGGUGAUGUCCUGCUGGCUUAUGAAAUGAACGGCGAGGAUCUCCCUGCCGACCACGGCUACCCUGUUCGCGUUGUAGUACCAGGAACAGUGGGUGCACGCAAUGUUAAAUGGCUGGGGAAGAUAAUAGUGAGUGCAGAGGAGAGCAGCAGCCACUGGCAGCAGAAUGACUACAAGGGCUUCUCCCCUGGGACUGACUGGGACACAGUGGACUUCAAGUCUGCUCCAGCCAUCCAGGAGCUUCCCAUUCAGUCAGCAAUCACCACUCCAGCAGAUGGUGCUGUGGUCGAUCGCAGCAGUGAAGAGGUGACAGUGAAGGGUUACGCCUGGAGUGGUGGUGGCAGAGAGGUGGUACGAGUAGACGUCUCUUUGGAUGGAGGAAAGACGUGGCAGGUGGCCCAGCUAAAGGGCAGCGAGAAGGGACAAGCCCCUGAACCAUCGCCUCCACCGGGACAAGCCUGGGCAUGGAAGCUGUGGGAGCUAACGACGCCUCUUCCUCCUGAGACUCAGGAGCUGGAGAUAGUUUGCAAAGCAGUUGACAACAGUUACAACAUGCAGCCGGAUACAGUUUCUCCCAUCUGGAACCUGAGGGGCGUCCUCAGCAACGCCUGGCACAGAGUGAAGGUGAAGAUCAGAGAGGAUGAGACCAAGGAAUAGACUCUGCUGUUUUAUCCACAUUCCUAAAGGUUCACAGGUGAAACAGAGUCAUCAGAGAGGACGUUGUUUUAAAUCUGACGCUCAGCAGGAAAAGCUAACACAACUGUUUGAAGCGUAGGGACAAAUACAGCAGCUUUUUGAUGCACUGCCAUGAUGUAUUUAAGCACUCAUAUUGCCUAUGAGAUUUGAAGUUUUUCCAGUACUGCAUAGCCAGCAUAAAGCUAAAGGCUGGAAAUAUUAAAACCAAAAAUAUUUCCAGUUUUUGUGAGGUGAUCUUAAGUGAGCAUGUGAUUCCGUUAAUUCUGUAGAGAAAUGGGGCUUUUAUUUUUGUAAUCAGUACUGACAUUUUUAAUGUGGGAGAAGUUUGCAUAUGAAUAUGGAAAGAGUUGAAUUACUUAACAGAUAUUAUAAUGUAAAAUCAUUAUUUUAAAUAAUACUAUAAAAUUGUAAAGGGGGUGUUAUUAAAGGUGGUAUUAUUAUUAUUAAGUUUAUUAGUAGUCACUAGUUUAAAUGAAGUUGCAUGGAGCAUUCAUUUCACUUUAGAGAAAACAACUGGAAUUUACCAUGACUGGAUUGAAGUUGGAAGUUUUAAAAUAUUGGGAACUUUUUUUUCUCUGUAUACAAGAAAAUAAUACUUUUUCUGGGAGAAGUUUGAGCAGCUGAGGUGAACUUCCUAACUGUUUCAAAGUCAGCAUGAAGCAUCACACCUAAGUGUGGAGAUCUCACUAAAGUUAGCUGUGUUUAUGCAGCAACACUACAGCAUAUUGCAGUGGCCUGGACAUUUCUUGAUCACAGUUUUGACCUCUGUGCGGGUGCAUAUAGGAAGGAUUUAGGAUUUCUAGAAAGAUGGGUGAGUGUUGGUUUCUUCUUGAGAAGAGAGUGAGAGUAAAAGGAAAUGUGUCAACCUAAAUAUUGUCAAUUUUAAAAGCUUGUUUGAUCUUGAAUGAACGCACAACCUCUUCAAAACCAUGUUUUUAAGGGUCUUUGAAAUUGAAAUUGAGUUCUAUUAAUGUUAAUUCAUAGGAGUCAUUUUGUCAAAGGUGCUGAAUUCCUUUGAUCAGCUCUUGCAUUAUACUGUGUAUUGUGUAAAAUGGGCAUUAUCGUUGAGAUGAUGAAUAAAGAGCUCUAAUUUUACUCUGAAA